CAAAUGGGCUAGCAAUAUGUUACGCAUCUUAGAUUAUUCGAUUGUCUAGUGUGCGUCCAUGUGUCGCGCCAGCGGCAGAAGCGCUGUUUGUUUCCUCCGGCCAACGUGGUCGAGUAGCUGGUGGGCCAGGCUUCGCGUACUGUACUACACGUGUGUGAAGUCGAUCUGCGUAGUUCGUGAACAUGCCGAAAACCAAGAGGUCGGAAACGAACGAUACUUACGAUGAGGACAGCUUCAGUGGUCGUGGCACGAAGAAAGCGAAGAAGGCGAAAGUAGAUGAUGACGCUGCGCACGCUGCGCGAGACAGCAUGGAUGGCUCCGCACGUGCCCACGAAAAUGGUGAUGUGGAUUCCCUGACUUACGAAGAAAAGUUGGCCUUUGUCAAUCCCAUCUCAAAGCCAAUGGCCUCGAAGAAGUUCACAAAAAAGUUGUUCAAGCUGGCUAAGAAGGCUUCGAAGCACAAAGGUCAUGUUUAUUGUGGAUUAAAAGUAGUGCAAACCAUGAUCCGCAAGGGCCAAACCGGCGUGGUGCUGUUGGCGGGAGAUGUGUUCCCGAUCGACAUAAGCUGUCACAUCCCUGCCGUUUGUGAAGAGAAAGGCCUGCCUUACAUCUGGAUGCCGUCACGGCAAGAUCUGGGUACAGCGCUUGGAAAGAAAAGAAUGGUGAUUGCGUGCAUGGUGAAAGAGCACGACGACUACAAAGAGUUGAUGGAGGAAUGUGCUCAAGUGAUUCAAGAGGAGUACGCUCGGGUUUAAAACUGGCAUUACGAGAGCUUUGGGACACACACAUGAACUUUCCAUUCAAUGAAUUCUUAUCAUUCGUUCGCUUCUCGCAGAAAUUGAUUGUGCUGGCUGCCGCUACUGGCCUCAUCCUUGUUCGCUCAUGUAAUGCAUUGAUGCGUUCCCAUGGUAAAUUGUGAUGUGUUCACUUUGUUAUCGUGCGUGAAAUAUCAUAUUGUGGUUACGUUGCGGUGUAGUCGACAUUCAGUGUGCGUGUAGCAUGUGCUCGCUUCCAGUCGGACAUUGGUGUCGACCGUCAUACGCCACUGAUGCUUAACAUUUCUAACACUGGAACCAGUGUUUGGCGUGCUUUUUGAGAAAUUUGUAAUUUAGUGACGUGAUACUUGAUCUAUUGGUUAGCAGUAUGCAUUGUACUUGCUGUUGUGUGUUGCCUGUGUAUAAAGCACUAAUAAUAAACAAAUCAUUGGAACGUUUGA